ACGGCGCGCGGAGCCAGGAGCGCCGGGCGCGCGCCUGGGGAGGAGGGGAGCCCCAAGGAGCCACAAUAGGCCAGACGGCGCGCGCGUCUCCGAGGGGCUGGGGGCCGCGAGGCGGCGGCCGCAGCGACGCCGGCUGGUCCGCGUGCGCGGUGCCGCCGCUGGCUGCUUUCCCCUCCCCUCCCCCUCCCCGCCGCCCUCGCUCUCCCCCGGGCGGCCGGAGACGGCGGCGGCGUCUGCGGGAAGCCGAGUGUCUCCGCAGUGACGUGGGCGGGCCGAGGGCUCGGUGACGUCAGAGGGCUGUGUGUAGCGAUGUGUGUGGGGUUCGGAGCGGCGCCGGCAGAGCCCAAGAGAGCGGGCGAGCGGCAGCGACGGCGGGCACAGAUUAAUUAAAAGAAGAAUGGAUAGCAAUCCUUGAAGAUAACUGGACUGUUUUCCUUUAGAAUUCGUUUUUUUAAUUACAGAAGUUCAAGUGGAGUGAGAGGCUCUUCUUAUGGUGUGAGGAUUUAUACAAACCUCCAGUUUGUCAACAUAGAACAACAGAUCAUUUUUAGAGAAGAUAAUUUCUUCUUUACCUUUUUUUGGUCUCCUUACUGCCAAAAAUUAAAUUUGGGUAUAUCAUUUUGACUUGUGUUUGUGUCUAGAUUUUAUGACACAAGUAAUUGCAUGAACUUCUCAUGCGUUUUGCUUCAAACCAGACCAAACCUUUGUAUUGAAGCUGGACAUCUUGACUUGAGAAAAUUGACAACUUAAUUUUAAUAAGAAUCUGAAGAAUUAAAAACAAAGGCUUCCUCAGAGGCGUGCCUCUGAGUGAAAUUAUACUGGAAUAUAAACAAAAAAAAUUGGGAAAUCUAUUGAGCAGUUUAGGGAGAUCUCUCUUUGGAAAUUUAAAUUUUCUGAUAGAGUUAGUUAGCAUAAGUAUUGAUAUACAUUGCUUUUCUCUUUUCAAGCAAGCAACUAAGUAACAAUGCAGAUAUCAUAUUUACUUAAUUGACACUAUAGUUAUAGCAAUGGAAAACCUGCAGGCAAAUUUCUCCUUGGUUCAGGGCUCAAAUAAAAAACUGAAUGAGAUGGGAGAUGAUGGCAGCCCUCCAGUGAAAAAAAUGAUGACAGACAUUCAUGCAAAUGGAAAAAUGAUAAACAAACUGCCAGCAGUUAAGAAGGAACACUUGGAUGACUAUGAAGUGCCAAUGGAAAUGGAUGGAGAGCAUGUCAAGGGAACCUGUGCCUCUGUGCCUGAACCUUUACAUUUAAAUCCCAGUUUGAAACACACUUUGGCACAAUUCCAUUUAAGUAGUCAGAGCUCCCUGGGUGGACCAGCAGCAUUUUCUGCUCGAUAUUCCCAAGAAAGCAUGUCACCUACUGUGUUUCUGCCUCUCCCAUCUCCUCAGGUUCUUCCUGGUCCACUGCUCAUCCCUUCUGAUAGCUCCACGGAACUCACCCAGACUGUGUUGGAAGGGGAGUCUAUUUCUUGCUUUCAGGUUGGAGGAGAAAAGAGACUCUGUUUGCCCCAAGUCUUAAAUUCUGUUCUCCGAGAAUUUUCACUCCAGCAAAUAAAUACAGUGUGUGAUGAAUUGUACAUCUAUUGUUCAAGGUGUACUUCAGACCAGCUUCAUAUUUUAAAGGUUCUGGGAAUACUUCCAUUCAAUGCCCCAUCUUGUGGACUGAUCACAUUAACUGAUGCACAAAGACUUUGUAACGCUUUAUUGCGGCCACGCACUUGUCCACAAAAUGGUAGCAUACUUCCUGCUAAAAACUCAUUGGCCCAGUUAAAGGAAACUGGCAGUGCAUUUGAAGUGGAACAUGAAUGCUUGGGCAAAUGUCAGGGUCUUUUUGCACCCCAGUUCUAUGUUCAGCCUGAUGCACCGUGUAUUCAGUGUCUGGAAUGCUGUGGAAUGUUCGCACCCCAGACAUUUGUGAUGCAUUCUCAUAGAUCACCUGACAAAAGGACUUGCCACUGGGGCUUUGAAUCAGCCAAAUGGCCUUGCUAUCUUCACGUGAACCAGAAGUACUUAGGGACACCUGAAGAAAAAAAACUGAAAAUAAUUUUGGAAGAAAUGAAGGAGAAAUUUAGCCUGAGAAAUGGAAAGAGAACUCAAUCCAAGGCAAAUGCACCAUCAGGAAUGGAAUUACAGCCAUGGUAUCCUGUUAUAAAGCAGGAAGGUGACCAUGUUUCUCAGACACAUUCAUUUUUACACCCCAGCUACUAUUUGUACAUGUGUGAUAAAGUAGUUGCCCCAAAUGUGUCCCUUGCUUCUGCUGUAUCCCAGUCUAAGGAGGUCACAAAGACAGAGGCAGGUAGGGUCAGACUGAGACAGUUUGAGAAGCCUCACGGUAGUGGGAAACAUCAAAAACCAGUGUCUUAUCCAGAUGUCUCACUGGAGGAACAGGAGAAAAUGGAUUUAAAAACAAGUGGAGAAUUAUGUAGCCAUUUUGAUCCAUCAAUCUCAAAUAAUUCUACAAGUAAAAAGAAAUCUGAGUCUACCACUUUCAACUUAGUCAGAGAUACAAGCAAGGCAGUAAUUGACCAUGAUGCUGCAGCCUCAUCUCCACUUCUUGUCAAAGAUGUCAUUUGUGAGGAUGAUAAGGGAAAAAUCAUGGAAGAAGUAAUGAGAACUUAUGUAAAACAACAGGAAAAACUGAACUCAAUUUUGCAGAAGAAGCAACAACUUCAGAUGGAAGUUGAAAUGUUGAGUAGUUCAAAAGCUAUGAAGGAACUCACUGAAGAACAGCAGAAUUUACAGAAAGAGCUUGAAUCUUUGCAGAAUGAACAUGCACAAAGAAUGGAAGAAUUUUAUGUUGAACAGAAAGACUUAGAGAAAAAGCUAGAGCAGGUAAUGAAGCAAAAAUGUACCUGUGACUCAAAUUUAGAAAAAGACAAAGAGGCUGAAUAUGCAGCACAGUUGGCAGAACUGAGACAGAGAUUGGACCAUGCCGAGGCUGAUAGGCAAGAACUCCAAGAUGAGCUCAGACAGGAACGGGAGGCAAGACAGAAGUUAGAGAUGAUGAUAAAAGAUUUAAAGCUGCAAAUUUUGAAAUCAUCAAAGACUGCUAAAGAAUAGAAACCUUUAGAGAGAUUCAUCUGUGUAUUUCCAAUAGGGUUUAUUUUUGUUGGAUUGUUUGUUUUGGUUAUUCAAUUCUGAACAACGUGUUUGCAUGAAGAUAACUAGGCAUUCUAUCCAUUUUUAGAUCAGAGAAAGUGAAUAGAUUAUAUAUUAGUACAUAAAUUUUCACAUUUUCCAAAUGAAUGAAAAUGUAUGUUUCUUUGUAUUUUUUUCCAACCAGCUUAGUAACAAUACUAUAUAGUUUCAAGUUUUAGAUAAUCUGCCUAUAUUUCUAAUGUAAAUUUAGCAGUUGUAUACUUUUUAAAAGCUUCAUUGUAUGAUGAAAAAUCAUUAUGGUUAAUUUUGUUAUCCAUAUUUCAGACUCAAUUUUAGAUACAGUGGUGGCUUCAUUUUUCAUAUAUAUAAAGCUACUCAAGAAGUUGAAUCUCCAUUUUUUUCAUUAACACAAUUUCCAUUCUAAGUUGAUACAGUAAUACUGAUACCUUAUACUCAUUAUUAAAUACAAAACUUGCUUUUAUUUUGUUCCUUUGUGGAAUGAGUUUCCACCAGUUCUCUUUUUAAUGUCUCCUAAGAGACAUUUUUUCAAAAGAGAAAUUUUAUUUGAGAUUAUAGCACGCCCCAUGGGCAUGAUGGGGAGGGAUAACAUGCUUUGUUACAAACUACUGCUGAACAAAAGAAACAGUUGUGAUUUGUUUUUUGGUUUAAAUGUGGUAAUAUGUAGAAUUUUCUUAAUGCAGCAACUUGAGGGUAUAAAAUUAAUAAUUUUUGAACUUUUUGUUAACAGUGGUGUUAAAAUGUUAAUGUUCUUAAGAAAAACUGAUAUCAUUGAUGUACAUCAGUUUCUAUAUAAUCCAUAAUCCUCCUGUACAGUUUUUGUAUGUAGUAAUGGGUCUUACUGAAAAUUAUAUAAUGGGUUUGUUUUCCUUUAAAUUGUAAAAUAUUAAACACCUUGAAGGUUAUUUUGGACUUUUGUAUGUGUAAAUGUUAAGUCUUACAGAUUUGCACGAAUGGACCAUUUUCAGUUACUACUUAAUAAUCAAAAUCAGGAAUUUAUAGUCAACUGAUAGUAUUUGAUAGGUUAAUAUAGGGGAGUUUAGUUACCUGCUACUAAAAGGCUUUUAGAUAAUCUUCAGAAGACAAAGGAAUAAUAUAGUUUGGGGGAGGAACAACAUCAUCUGCACUUUUUUUUUU